GUCGGCGCGUCACGGGGCGGGCCCUGCGCGCUUGCCGUAGCCGGACAUGGCGGAGUAUUCCUGCGUGAAGUCCACCAAGCUCGUCCUCAAAGGGGCGAAGCAGAAAAGCAAGAAGAAGCACAAAGACAAGAAAAGGAAGCGGGAGGAGGAUGCGGAAGAGCAGCUCGACACUGUCGGAAACUGGUGGGCCAUCAGCAAUUUUGGUGAAAUUACAGGAACCAUAGCUAUAGAAAUGGACAAAGGAGCUUACAUCCAUGCUCUUGACAAUGGCUUGUUUACACUUGGAGCACCACAUAAAGAUGAUGAAGGCCCUAGCCCUCCUGAGCAGUUUACAGCAGUAAAGCUGUCUGAUACAAGGAUUGCUCUGAAGUCUGGUUAUGGCAAAUACCUUGGUAUAAAUUCAGAUGGACUCGUUGUUGGACGUUCAGAUGCUAUAGGAUCAAGAGAGCAAUGGGAACCUGUCUUCCAAGAUAAAAAAAUGGCAUUACUAGCAGCGAACAGCCGUUUUAUUAGAUGUAAUGAAGAAGGAGACAUAGAAGCCAAAAGUAAAACUGCAGGAGAGGAAGAAAUGAUAAAGAUUCGUAGUUGUGCUGAAAGAGAAACUAAGAAGAAAGAUGACGUUCCAGAAGAAGACAAAGGAAAUGUUAAACAGUGUGAAAUCAAUUACGUAAAGAAAUUCCAAAGUUUUCAAGACAAAAAGCUCAAAAUAAGCAAAGAAGACACAAAAGCACUCAGAAAAGCCAGAAAGGAAGGCACUUUUCACGAAACACUGCUUGACAGGAGAGCAAAAUUGAAAGCGGAUAGGUACUGCAAGUGACAACCAGCUGACCCAUCUUCUGCAUCUUCAGUGAUAUGGUCAAGUUAAAAACCAAGAGUAAAACGUUUUAUAAUGAUGAGGUUUUUACAGAAGGUAUUUUGUUGAUGUUUUUAUUAUGCUAUUUGUAAAGGAUCACCUGAGAGUUGUAAUUAAGCAUCAAACUAAUGUCAUCUUUCAGUAAUAUUAUUAUUAAGCUUACUCUAAAACUACAUGCUAUUGAAAUUGUUAGGUAAUUAUCUAACUGAAAACAAAUUAUUUGACUCACUGGAUUUUCCAAAGUUGAUGAAAGGAACCUGAACUGGGAGGUGGUCAUUAAGGGCACAAAGAGAACAAGAGCAAAGUACUGUUAAUGCAUUGAAUCAUUACGAAAUCUCUAACUGUAUUGAACAAAUAAUUGAAAAUGAAUGUCUUUGAAUACAUCUUAUCAGAUCCCAAGUAGGACUUCUACUCUGCAUCAGGUGAGGAUUUGGGCUGGAAUUUUCAGACUAUAAAACAACAUUCAGAAGAGGCCCAUUGUUCAGGUGAAUAAAUGUACUGGCAAGAGUGUGGACAAGUCACAAAAAUCCUAUUACAAAUGGAAAUGCAGCUGCUUUGUAAGAAAAGAGGAUGACUGUUUUGUGUUAGCAAGUUGCUUGUUUUAUGAGAGGAGGAGGAAAUUGAUUUCAGCUGAGAUCUAGCUGGUUUGUCUACAUCAUGGAUUUCAGUUAUGUUUAAUAUUAAAUAAAACAAGAGACUUUUUUAAAGGUCAUGUUAUAUAAUAUGCAUUCUUAGUAUCUCCUAUAAAUUGUGGUUUCCUGUUUCUGUUGUGAGUAUCUAAAGUCUUUUCAAUAAAAACAUCUCCAUAGGAACAA